AUGUACUCCAAGGAACAGUCCUAUGACAUGGAGCAGCAACAGGAGCUACUGGAAAACAACGUGGACACCAACGGCGUCAUGGAGUCGGGUCGAUGCAAUAACAACAACAAUAAUGGCAGUCUCGGUUCUCUGGGUGGCGUCCGCGUCUCUGGCAUGACGGGGGGCCCGGUGGACGGUCUCUACGACGGCCACGGUAUGGUUGCCACUUCACUAGCUGCCGCCCAACAGCAGCAACAACAGCAGACUAGCAACCUACGCUACGUCACCCUGCCCCAGAUGCACCACCAA